AUGGGCGGCACUAGAAUGAGCCUAUUGGUACUGUUCUUCACAGUAAUUAAUGCUGUGCAUGGUGUCACCCUUGGAGGCAACUUAACAGAGUCCUACUGGAUUCUGAGAAUAAAGAGAAAGCUCGUCGAUCCUGCGGGAGUUCUCAACAACUGGUCGUCGAAGGUCGCCGUAUGCAGCUGGAAUGGACUAAUGUGUUCUGAUGAUCAAACUCACAUUGUGGGACUGAACCUAUCUGGAUCAGGACUGUUCGGUUCAAUCUUGCCUGAGGUCUCCCGGCUAACUUCACUUCAAAUGCUUGAUUUGUCUAUGAAUUCACUCACUGGUUCGAUCCCCCCCCAGCUUGGCCAGCUUCAAAAUUUAACAGAACUGCUCCUUUAUUCAAAUUCUCUAACUGGUAAGAUUCCUGCAGAGAUUGGUCUGCUGAAGAACUUGCAAGUUCUUAGAAUAGGAGACAACAAGUUAACAGGAGAAAUUCCACCAAGUAUUGGUAACCUGAGUGAGUUGGGUGUAUUGGGUGUUGCCUCUUGCCAAUUAAACGGAAGCAUUCCUGUUGAAAUUGGUAAUUUGAAGCAUCUGCAAUUUCUUAAUUUGCAGGAUAACAAUCUCAGUGGCUUCAUACCGUCAGAGAUCCAUGGCUGCUUAGAGCUUGGAUCCUUUGCAGCGGCAAACAACAUGCUUGAAGGAAAAAUCCCCGUCGCAAAGGGAUUUCUACAAUCGCUGCAACUUCUGAACUUGGCCAACAACAGCCUCUCUGGAUCAAUUCCCAUUGAGUUGGCUCGUCUGUCGAAUUUGCAGUACUUGAAUUUGCUUGGAAAUAGGUUGAGUGGAGAAAUUCCAUCCACGCUAAACCAGUUGAAUCAGCUUGAGAUUCUUGACCUGUCAGGAAAUAACCUCUCAGGAUCGAUAAACCUCUUCAGUACCCAGUUGAAGAAUCUCAAGACGCUGGUUCUGUCUGAUAACAAUUUGACGGGUAGCAUUCCGGGCAAUUUCUGUGUCGGUGAUUCAAAUUUGCAGCAACUUUUUCUGUCUCAAAAUAAUCUAUCAGGUAGAUUUCCCAUGGAGCUUCUGAAAUGUUCCUCACUCCAACAAUUAGACCUUUCUAAUAACAGGUUUAUAGGGCAACUGCCGCCUAGUCUAGACAAGCUGCAGAGCCUCACAGACCUUCUGCUCAAUAAUAACAGCUUUUCUGGAAAUCUGCCACCUGCAAUUGGAAAUAUGAGUAACUUGGUUUCCCUUUAUCUGUUUGGCAACCAUCUCACGGGUAGACUUCCGAAAGAAAUUGGGAAUUUGAAGAUGUUAAGCAUCAUCUACCUCUAUGAUAAUAAGAUGUCUGGAAGCAUACCGACAGAGUUAACGAACUGCACUAGCCUAACAGAGAUUGAUUUCUUUGGAAACAAUUUCACGGGGUCCAUACCCGCAUCGAUCGGAAAGCUUAAAAAUCUAUUGCUUCUUCAAUUGAGGCAGAAUUACUUAUCGGGUCCAAUCCCACCUAGCCUGGGCUAUUGCAUAAGUCUUCAGUUCUUGACUUUGGCAGACAACAAUUUCUCAGGAACAGUUCCAGCAACGUUCAGGUUCCUUAAAGUGCUCAACACACUCACUCUCUACAACAACUCACUUGAAGGCCCUCUUCCCAGCUCCCUCUACCUUCUGAAAAACCUCCAGAUUAUAAAUUUUUACAACAACAGGUUUUGUGGAAGCAUUCUUCCUCUCUGCGGUUCAAGGUAUUUGAGGAUGGACUUAUCAAACAACAGCUUCUCAGGCCCAAUUCCUUCUGAAUUAGCCAUGUCAAAUAAUCUAACCCGUCUCCGCCUUGCUCACAAUCAAUUGAACGGCAGCAUUCCUUCUGAAUUUAGCCAUCUCACUGAGCUCCAACUACUUGAUUUAUCAUACAAUCUUUUAACCGGAGAAGUGCCACUGGAGCUCUCAAACUGCUCAAACCUUGCACAGGUUUUACUCAACAACAAUGAAUUCAGAGGUCCAAUUCCUCCAUGGCUAGGGGCCUUGCAAGAACUCGUGGUUAUCGAUCUCUCAUCUAACAACUUCAGUGGAACUGUCCCUGCAGAGCUCGGAAACUGUCAGAGAAUUCUUAAGCUCUCAGUCCAUAGCAACAAACUUUCAGGUGAGAUCCCCCCAGAGCUUGGAAACCUUACUAGUCUCAAUAUUCUUCAGCUGCAAAGAAACAACCUUUCAGGCCACAUUCCUUCUACAAUCCAACAGUGUAAGAGGCUCUAUGAACUCAGGCUAUCUGAGAACUCGUUUACUGGUUCAAUACCAUCUGAGCUAGGUAGUCUUACCCAGCUGCAGGUGAUGUUAGAUCUCAGCAAAAAUCUCCUUUCUGGGGAAAUUCCUUCAUCUCUGGGGAACCUUUUGAUGUUAGAGAGUUUGAACCUCUCUUGCAAUAAACUCCAUGCAAAUAUUCCUUCAUCGCUUGGAAAACUAACCAGCCUCCAAAUGCUAAACCUUUCAAAUAAUCAUCUACAGGGAGAAAUCCCUUCAUCACUUUUAGAAUUCCCAGUCAGCUCAUUCUUAGGAAAUGAUGGACUCUGUGGCCCACCAUUAGUAUCCUGCUCGGAAUCCGGGGAUCAGGAGAAACGGCUGUCCAGCAAAGCAGUUACAGGCAUUGUAGUAGCCAUUAUCUUUACUUCCGCUGUUAUAUGCGUUGUGCUGCUUUAUAUCAUGCUCAGAAUGUGGCUUGGCUGGAGCAAAGCUUUGCUUUCAAACCCGGAUAACAGUGGAAACGAUCAGGAAAGAGAAGGGGAGACACAGGUUCAUGGAAAUGAGAUGAGAAGGGAUACGGAGUACUGGAAAGUGAAUUCUAUUCCACUGGUUCCUCCACAAGAUAAGGAAUUUCCAAUUUUCCAAUCCUCAAAAGCACAGUGA